AUGAGGAGAAGAGUUGAUGAAACUGUUGCAACUGAACAGAAAGCGGAAAAACGCAAAAUUUUAGCAGUAAAAACAAGGUCUCGACUGUGGGUGUGGAUAACAAAGGGGCUUCUAGCUCUCGGCAUCCUAUAUGCGACUCUACCAUUUAUUCUGCGCCUCUUUCCUGGCAUUGUACAGCAUCUGGUUUAUAAACAUGCUAUAACAUACUUCGUUGACCUCAGUCGUCCCUAUGACCUCGCUCUUAAUCACACCGUUAACAUGUACCUGUCCUCUGAAGAGGGGGUGACACUAGGCGUGUGGCACACUGUUCCUGAGCACAAGUGGAAAGAAGCCCAAGGUAAAAGUCUGGACUGGUAUGAGAAGUCUUUGGGUGACGGUUCACCUGUUUUCAUCUACCUCCAUGGUAAUAGGGGUAGCAGAGCAUACCCACAUCGAGUGGGAGUUGCCAAAAUCCUAAGUUCACUUGGCUAUCAUGCGUUGGUUAUGGAUUACAGGGGAUUUGGGGACUCCACAGGGGAGCCCACAGAGGCCGGACUGACCACUGAUGCCCUUUAUCUGUACCACUGGGUAAGGGCACGCAGUAAGGGCAGCCUGGUGAUCUUCUGGGGUCACUCACUGGGCACAUUCGUGUCAACUAACACUGCUGUGAUAUUACAAGAGCAAGGAAACCCUGUUGAUGCGGUGAUUCUUGAGGGCGCAUUAGUAAAACCUGAUUUGCCAGAUGAUCAAUUGAAACUCCCUAAUCCUUUUACAUGGUAUUGCUGGAGGUUUCCUUAUAUUCAGUACUUUUUCAAGGACUUGACCAAAAAUACAUUUUCCUUUAACAAUCAUGCAAACCUAAAGAAAAUGAGAACACCUCUUUUAAUCCUUCAUUCUAAAGAUGACCAUCUGGCACCCUUCUGGAUGGCUGAGAAGAUUUAUAGCAUCGCCAAAAAUGUCCUGAACUCCGAUAAGCUAGUCAAGAUGGUACCAUUUGAUGGAUCUCAUGGAUAUCUUCAUAAUGGGCUCUACAGAGAUCCUGGUUUGCCAGGUAUCAUAAGGGAAUUUGUGCAGUCGCUCACAGCAUAACCAGGAAGCACCAAAGAGA